AUGGCACUCGGCUAUACGGUUGUCUGUCUGCUCGCCGGUCUCUUUCUGCUCGGCCUGGUGCGGGCGGAGGUGGGCCUGCUCCAAAGGCAACACCGGCUGGUGGCUUCCUACCCGGCAGCCGGCUACAAGCCAACUAGACAGUUCAGACUGCCGGCGGAUCAGCCGAAGCCGGCUCGCCUGGUUGCGAACAGCGAGGCGCAGGAGGAUCUCGACGACGCCGCUGAGGAGUUGACGCCGCGACCCAAUGCCGCUCCAGGUUCACCUCCACCUCCGGCUCCGGUCCCUGCUGCAGUUCCGGCCAUCCCGGUGACUCCCACCAUUGCCUACUAUCCGGCCGGAGCCGUAGGAUUCGUCCGCCCAGCGACAUUCGCUAAGAUCGUCACCGCACCGCAACCGGUGUCCGCUUACGGGGCCACGCCCCAGUACUACUCCGCCUACUUUGGCUAGAGCUAAGCUUUGAGCAAUAAAAGUUGAUUGUUACGGCCGAAAGUACUGUUCGGGGUUCGGGCACAUCUGCAGAUGCAUCUGCGUUUAAUUGCGCGUCUGCUCGUUGGCUCCUCGCGAUCCAUGACCAUGG